AUGGCACCACAAGAACAGGCCGGUAACGACAUCCAAGCGGCAUCACGAAGACAGGAAGAUGAGUGCAUUCAACUGACACUACCUGGAGAAGUAAGUCACUACAAUGAGACAUCACACAAACAUAACGGUCUGUUCAUUCAGACACCACCAAGACAGGCUGACCAGGAUAUUCUGCCGCCAUGUGGACUGACCGGUGACUACAUCCAGACACCACCUGAACCAACAGGUAAAUACAUCCAGACAAAGGCACAUGGACAAGCAGGUGGAUGCAUCUCUCCCACUCCACAUGAGCAGACAUCUCAGCGCAUUGUCGUUCAGCCUUCAGUCCAUCAGCCUGCUAACAUUCUAGACAGUGACGUCAGAGAUGACGCUGGCAAGCAACAAGUCCUCGUCUGUCUGCAGGAGUUUUCUGAACGGAAAAAAGAAGUUUUGGUUGGGAUGAGUCAGCUUACCUUCGGGCACUAUCUGGGGGAACCUGUUUACGAGUGCUGCGACUGCAGCUACCUCUCCCCCAAAACGGGUCCUAAGACUUCUUCCAAACCCACACAGGGCUCCUAUAAUGUGCUUCUUAUUCACCGAUUUAGUACGAUUCGUGGUGUGCGAGUGGAGAGGGGGUCCACCUAUCGUCAUGCGCCGGAUGAAGCGGGUCCUCUCUACAAGAAACACUUUGGGACUUUCUGUGAAAAGCUUCUGAAACGAGUUCAAAAUCUCCAUCUGUGGGCGGCAAGUUGUUACCAUGGACACGCACCCGCCGGCUGGCGAGGGGAACAUUUAACAAGACCCCUCCGGUCUCCACCGGCCGUCGUCAGGGUUGUCAAUAGAGACAACAUUAUCAGGAAAGGGCAGUCUGUCAGAAGGUACAGUGAGCGAGGUGUGCCCGACCACACAGACGGCCCGCCAGUCAAACAAAUACGUCACGAGUUGUAUCACUCAUGUGGCUGGCCAGCUGACUGUGUCACGUGCGGUCGUGAGGUGGCCAGCUUCCUACACAGUCUCCGAGUUGGUGUUACAGAGAAUGUUCACACAAUACCUACGACCAUCGCCUCCACCAGCAACAGGACAACACCGCCGUGCCUGCAGUGGAGAGACGUGCUGAUGCUGAUUGAAACAUCUUUUUCUACAAUUAACGACGAUAUUGCUAUUGUGAAGGAACUAAGAGAAGCGGGUAUCCCAGUGCGGGUGAUGAAGGAUGAUGACAUCGAGGACGUGGCCACGGCCCGCAGUGACGUGGUGUGGGUGACAGAGGAUAAACGUGUUCGUGGUCUGGAGAGAAAAGUCGUCGUCUGUGUGCGAUCCUCUGGCAACUAUACAACUAACUGCCUUCACUCGGUGUCCCGCUGUACGUCCCAACUUGUGAUUGUCAGCCGCUACUAACCGUACCAGUGCAGAUGACACACACACACACCUGCCACGUGUUGUAGUCUUGUGUCUAUCUCUCUUACAUCAACACAUGUCGUUUUCAUGUUUUCUAGUCUUUCUUCACUCCAUCAAAAGACUGCUGAAACAUAAAGUGUAUAAUUAUUUCUUUUGUGACAAGACAUCAUGCUCUCAUAAAAAAGCUUUGCUUCCUAAAUGUUGUCAUGUCCGUGAAUCCGUGUGUUUCAGAUUAUUUUAACCCCUUUGCGACUUACUGACUGCAAGUGUAUGUAAAAUGUAUGAAACAAUAGAUGAGAACAUUAGAUAGAAAGGGUUAACUGAACAGGAUCUAUUUGGUGACCCCGGUUCACCAGUAGGGUUUUGGAGGGAACGAGUUAGAAAAUUAACUCAGGCCCGGGGUACCGAAGGAAGAUGACGAGCCUGAGUCACGACAUGUAAACCUCCUGAGUUGCGAUAACAUAGUCAAACAGGGUAGUGACCAUCGACGCUGGAUGCGGUGUGGUACUGACCCUGGGUGGAUUAACCUCGCAUAGAUGGGGUAUGACAUUUUUUUCUGUUAUUGAUUGUGGAAUUGUAUUAGAACUCACGUAUGUUUCAAAGUUGUGAACACGAACAUAUGGGAGAAAGAUGUGGUACUGAGAAUAUGGUUGAUAUGUAACCUCGCAGUUGUAUAGAUUUUAAUUGUAUGGACUGAAGAACUGGAGCUUCUGGAUAAGGAAGAAUCGCCUCCAGGACCAUUCCUUGAUCGGCUUCACUCCAGCACCCAGCAGCACGUGGGCUAGGAGCACCCGUUAGUCCCCGUUGACGUCACCGUGGAGUACCUGCUGUGACCCAGACACGCCUGACGUCACGGCAGUGUGCACGGCCUGCUGUGUCGUCAAUCACCGGGCGACCAAAGAGUUCUUACCCCAACCCCAACCCUCGCGGAAGGAUCAACCGUUUCCACAGGAAGGGCAUUGGUGUUAUUGGAUUCUAGUUGGCUGUAGAGGGCGACACCCUGAGAUAGCGGGACGAUAAACUAAGUAACGUACACAAUGAUAGCUAGAGCGGUUAUAAGACAGGUAAUUGGACCGGAACAUCAGAACUGGAACUUUGGGGCUAAACAGUAGGAGAGAGUGUGAGGAAUGUAUAAUUAUACUGUCAUUGUAAGCUGUGACUAUGUCGAGAUUGAUUGGGCAGUGCCCCGGAUGUAAACACUUCGCCUAUCGUUAGAUGUUUGUUGCCUUUAGAACUCUGUUGAUGCGAGUUGUUUACAAACAAGUAUUUGUGUUGUAGUCUGUACGUCCUGAGGCAUUCCAUAACGAAGUGAGCAUGAUGUGAGCAGCUCGACAUGUUUAGACCUGAUCUUUCUGUGUUUCACAACUAGUGUCUGCAUGAAUAACACACGGAGUCGUGUUGACUCAAUCUAGGGAUGAACACAGACGAGGGAGUGAAUGGCAUCACACUGUAUCACAGUCUGAAAUAAAUUGUCCUGAAGGACGUA